GAUAAAGAUAAUUACAAUCGGACUGUCAACAUUAGGUGUUACAGUCAAACCCAUGAAGCCGGUUCCAAACCAAGCAGUAAUAUAUCAUUGGAAAUAAUGUAAACAAUUUUUUCGGUAUCGGAUCGGUUUCGCCGUUGUGACUGUGACAUAAAUUGGUAGGAUGUUCCCCACGCAGGAAGCGAGCGAAGCGGAAUUUAACAUUUAGCAUUCAAGACAAUAAGUUAGAGUAUGAUUCUGCUUCCGUCAUAUUGGGUGGUGAAUUCUAGAGGAUAUUAGAACUGUAAUUCAUACUCUUACUGUUUUAAUGAUUAGACAUAAAAAGAAUCCUGUAGGAAAAGGAUGAAAUGGCUUUGAGAAGGAAAUCUUCUAGCCCUUCAAAAAACUUGACAUGCCCACUUUGCUUCGAUAUCUUCGUCGAGGCAAGCAUUCUUCCGACAUGUGGGCACACUUUCUGUCGGGGGUGCCUAAGGAACUACGGACAAGCCCAUCCAAAUAAUAACCACAUGGUGUGCCCAGUCUGCAGGAAGGUCUCCAAGUUUACUUCUGGAAAACGUUCUGAUGAUUUCCCUCCUAAUGUGACGGUCAACGGAUGCAUAGACGACUACAACGCAAAAAAGAGGGAGACUCGUCCUAAAUGCAAUGCUUGCAGACGACAGAGGGAUGCCGAGUUAUUCUGCAAGACCUGCGACAGGUAUUUGUGUGAUAGGUGUGUGACUGGUCAUCAAGAAAUGGCUUUUAUUUUUGAAGGUCAUGAGACUGUUCCCAUUGAGGAUGUCAUUGAUCAAUCUGCUAAAAAAGACUGCACCCCCAAACAAGAGGACAAAAAGAGUGGAACACGUCCAAAAUGCAAUGCUUGCAGACGACAAAGGGAUGCCCACUCAGUCUGCAAAACCUGCGACAAGUACCUGUGUAAGAAGUGUGUAGCGGGUCAUCAUGAGAUGGCUUUUCUUUUUGAAGGUCAUGAGAUUGUUCCAAUAGAGGGUGGCAAGGGGAAGAAGAAAGGGUGCAAGCGCAAACCUGAACAGAGUCCUCGUCCCAACCUCGGCAGCAACACAAGAUCAGAUCCCAAGUUAAGUGUCAUUAAACGUGUAACUCUACCAGCAUUUGCAUUGGUGUGGGGAAUGACGCGGUACUCUGAUGACAGCGUGGGUAUCCCGUUUGGGAAGGUUGGAUUCGGUGCAGCUGUAAUCAAUUCAGAUGGUAGAGAGCAGCAAUGGCCGUACCCGAACACACGUAAUGGCCUGGAGUAUUUUGAUCUUAUUAUACAGGAAGACAGGUCACUAUGCCUAUCGACGGGUAAUUCAGAAGCACACGUAUAUUCUCCCGAUGGAUCUAAGAAAUCAACCAUUCACGUGAAUGACAAUGGCAAAUUUCUCACCCUUAACAGGAGUCCAUCAGAUGAAAUCAUCAUUACUAACGCUGGAAAACAAGUUUACAUCUAUGACCCGACAGGAUCCACUCUCAAACACGCUGUUCAAACAAGAAACAGGACCGGUCAGGCAGCAGCCACCAGGUCGGGUUUGAUCGUCGCGAGCUCAUGUUGUUUCUUUCCAAGGGUGUUAACAGUCUAUGACAGGGAUGGGAAUGCCGGUGAGUCUAUACAAGCUCCAGAGGGUGUCCGCCUGUAUGCCGCCGUGGAUGAGCAGGACAGGGUGUAUGUAGCGAGUGUUGACAUGCAGAAUAGGAGAGUUGUAAUAAGGCUCUAUGAUCUUGACGAUCUGAACCUGAAGGAAAGAGUUGAAUUCAAUGCGCUCGAUUUGAAAGUGAUGAAUUCAACGUGGUGUUACCUGGUUUCCCUCUCACACGAAAUGCUUGCAUUUGCUUGUAUGAAUCACUUGUAUUUCAUCAAAGUAUCACUGGAAUAAAAUGUACCUCGUUUUUAUAUAAUCCAAACCCAACUGAACUUAAAAUGAUCUACAUUAUUGCGAAUAAUGGACCCCCCCCCCUUCCACAGAUAGUGUAGGACUAAUUUUAUCUGCACAUUAAUCGGUUGUAUUUCUCCGAAAUAUCAAAAUUUGAAUGUAAACUGUUAAUUAUCAACUAAAGAAGAGUGCCUGGUAAGUCUACCACUUCGUCGCACUUUCUUUUAAUGAAAAUGAAAUAUAUAUAUCGUUAAUUCGUCGUUUUUAUUAAUUAAUUAUUCUCUACUAAUCCUUAACAAAUUUAACUGAGCUAAUAAAUAUUGUAAUAAUAUUUAUUGUUAAAAUAGUUCAAGUGCACGUAUGAAUUAUCAUAUAAUAAUGUAUUAGCAAGUUUAUCAGAUAUUAACUUAAGAAGCUCACUUCUAAUACUUUGUAUUUAUUUAUUUAUGUUAUUUUAUUUUGUUUCCAGGCAAAAGGCAACAAUAAUAUGUACAAGAGGAAGAUAAUACCACCCACUAGUGCCUGUGGGUGACUAUUAAAAAGAAAAACUAGUUUCUAUUAUGAAGCUCUCCUCACUAGUCGGGGUUUCAAAAUAUACAAAAAUAAAAUGGGUAUUAAAUGACAAUAAAUAUUUUCUUUCAAGGUAGUUCAAGAAAAAGUGUACGUAUUAUUUUCGUAUACAAGUAGUUUUGUCAGGUAUUAUACAUUCAACUGGAUUCAUGCUAAAAUUUCUACCAUGUUGUGUUUAUGUUUUGCUCAUGUAGUAGGAGGCUGCAUUCUAUUAGCUUCGCUUUUUAGUAGCUUCCUCAAUUUCCGACCUGAUAUAUGUGGUUAUCUUGAUUGUUAUACAUAUAAAGUUUUCUGGUUUUAUUGAUUAUAAUUAUAUCAAGAUGUAUGUAACAAAACUUAUUGUAUAUGAUUGGUGGAAGUGGAAAAUAAAUGAAAUGAAAUAAAAUAAAAUGAGCGAACUGAUGAUGCCAUAAUCCUCAUUUAUAUUAUUUUGUAUUAUGACAUUAUCGUUUAUCCGCGAAGACAACCGUUGGUCUUUCAACCGAUUUACUAUAAUCACUGCUAUAACUAUAACUUUAACUAUAACCGGUGUAUUGGCUCAGUUGGUAGAGCGUUCGUCUCACAACCGGGAGGUCAGGGGUUCAAACCCCGACCGCGUCCGACCAAAAGACGUUAAAAGAUGGGAGUUGCUGCUACCCUGUUUGGCGUUCAACAAUUAUUAAAGAGAUAGAGCCUCGUCGAUCUGGCUGCCGGGCCCACGAUCAAUUGGGCAAAGCAAAUUUUCGGAGUAUUUCAUUUCAUGUCUAUUUCGACCAAUAAAUUAUGGAUUUUCAUCAUCUUUUCAUUUUUUCAUCAUUUUCAACUUUAAUGCUUAGGAGACAUGAUUUUGACUGAAAAUAUGGAAACAUUAUGAUUUGUUGAAAUGAUUUUAGGAAAAUAUUUGUUUAGGCAUAAAAUCAUAACCCAUCUAUUGCAUAUUCGUGAUGGCCGUAUGAAAUUGUUUUCACAAAAUAUUGCUGGACUUUGAAAUUAGAUCGACUUCAUUUUUCAAUCUGA